GACUUUGCUUUCUGAUUUACACCUUUACUGUUCACAUGCUAGUAUCAGUGAAACAACUUCAGCUGAGGUGCAAUCACCCAGAACAGCUGGUGAGAGCCACUGACUGAAGAGGACAGAGCAUUCCAAAAUGUCAACCAGGUACCACAAAUCAGCCAUUGAUGGCUACCUGGAGCUAUUGAAGGAAGCCACAAAAAAAGAUCUGAAUACUGCAGAUGAAGAUGGCAUGACCCCCACACUUUUGGCAAGCUACCACGGGCAGCUUGAGGCACUGGAGUUAUGCUGCAGCAGAGGGGGUGAUCCAGACAAGCAUGAUAUCUGGGGAAAUACUGCACUGCACCAUGCUGCAGCAAAUGGCCACAUUCACUGCAUUACAUUCCUGGUGAAUGUAGGUGCAAACAUUUUUGCUUUAGAUAAUGACUUCCAUUCGCCACUGGAUGUUGCUUCUGCUAAGGGUCAAAUGGAAUGCAUCACUCUUCUGGACAAGGCUGCUAGCAGCCAGAACAUAAAAAAUCCAAAAAAGGUUGCUAGACAAAAGGAACAGGCAGAGAAAGAUGCAAUCAGACAUGUCAAAGAAUGUGAAAGAGUCAAGAAAAGACAUGAAUCAAAAAUGAGCAAAAAGCAGGUCAGUCAAGAAACAAAGAGUUACAGCAACAUACCUACCAUUUCUUCAGUACAGGAUGUAUCUGAUAUAAGUACGUACAGUUCACGCACAUUUCCUUCCAGUGUAUCAGGCAGUAUUGCAGGACGUUUGAAAGGGACCCUUCAAAAGAAAUUAGGAAAGAAGGAUAUGAGUUCUGUUAGUAACCAAGCUGGGAAUGAUGUCUUUUUUGUUCAGGAGGAAAAUGGCAGUGCUGGGCGAAUGAAUGUGUCUAAUGUGUUUAAUGAAAAAGAUGAGCUAGCACUGGAAGGUGGUAGCCCACCAAGUGAAGAAUCUGUUUUCAAGCGACCUGGUCUGGGCAAUAUGGUUUUCAAAAGACACUUGGCCCUAGAGAUCAACCCAGAACACGAGGAAUCCUUAUCUUCUAAUGGGUAUCAUGACAUAGGGUCCAGAAUCCCAUCUGAACUGCUGCAGCUUGAAGGAGGGGAAAGCAAAGGGGAUUUAGAGGGUGAAGAUUCUGAUCUGCCCUGGAAAGAAGAUGAGAUAGGUUUAGAGGAUGAAGAACAUGAGACUACCCCGCUUGAAGCUUUUCUGGCAUCAUUGAGCCUGUUAGAUAUGAUUCCACAACUUCGAAAAGAGGAGAUAGAUUUAAGUACACUUCUGCUUUGUUCAGAUGAAGAUCUAAGGAAUAUAUACAUACAGCUUGGCCCACGGAAGAAAAUCCUGGAUGCUACUGAAAAAAGGAAGAAAGUUUUAAAGAGUCCUGGAAAAAUAUCUGACACUUCUUUAUGAAAUGAUGAAAGUCAAAAGCAAGUCCUGAAAAGAGCUCCUGAAAAAAAUAUAUAUAUUGUUUCCUCUCUGCAGUUCAAAAUGAAUGUGGGCCUCACACACCACUAUUGUAAAUCUGCUGGUCAUUAUUUAAACAAAUACAUUAAAGUGACCAAUAAGAACUCAAGCGGAUAGUAUGGGUUUUAUGGACAAAUAGUAGUAUUAGGAGGGAGUAAAACAUGAAGUUAAACAUCAUUAAAGAAAGAAAUAAUAAACUAAAUAUGCAAAUGAAAUAACUUGUGCAUGAAAACUGUUAGUUUAAAAAGCUAUUUACAAAGAAAAUGUCUGGUAACUGUUAAGAAUUUUUGAAAUGUUUCCUUUAGUAUGUUUGAGUAGCAUUUUCCUGUGUGUUUAUAAGAAACUUUGCAUAUAAAUGCAGUGGGUGGAAUAGGAAAGCUAGUACUUCACUUAGCAUUCCCAGUUUAGUAUUUCACAUUACCAACACAAAUCAAGCAUUGCUGUCAUAGCAUAAGCUCUAUUGAUUGGCUCACAUUUUGUGAAGUGAGCUUAAUAAGAAUUUUUUACUCCACACAUUUAUAAUGGUAUGAAGGGUUCCUAUGCUGACAUGCCUUUGUUUUUCAGCUCAGAAGUUCAUUCUUCGACAAUAUAGCCUGAGAAUCUUCAACAUGACAUUUUAUUACCAUAAAUUUUCUUCAGGCUGUAGCUGUGUUCACUUAGAACUGCAGUAAUAUGAAUCCCUGCUUCAUUGGAGAAUCUGUGUAGAAGGUAUCCAUCCAUACAUCAUUUUAAACCACUCCCUCUGAUCCAUUUUAUUUACCACUGAUGCAGAUUUUUUUUGGCUCUGCAUCUACAAGUCAUCAACCCUCCCCCAUUUGGACUUGACCCCAUUUCCAGUAAUGAGGAUAUGUUUACAUUAAGCCCUAACCCCACUCCCCCUGAUCCAUUUUCUUCACCAUUGAAGCAGAUUUUUUUCCUCCACAUCUACAAACCAUCAAUCCUCCCCCAUUUGGACUUGACCCCAUUUCCUGCAAUAAGGAUAUGUUUACAUUAAGCCCUAACCCCAAUCCUUGAAAGACACGACUCAACACCUGUGAGUGAGUGAGUGAGUGAGUGAGUGUUUAUAAUUUUCUUCCUCCACAUCUACAAACCAUCAAUCCUCCCCCAUUUGGACUUGAACCCAUUUCCUGCAAUAAGGAUAUGUUUACAUUAAGCCCUAACCCCAAUCCUUGUGAUGACGUGCACCUACACUAUCACAGGGACUACCGUUACUGCAAUAGUUGCACAUGAAGUGUGCAUGAAAAGAAAAGGUUUAUAAUUACUGGAUUGGGUAGCCACAGCACACAUUCCUCCAGAUAAACUCAUAGGCCUCCUCCCUUUGCACUGAAAUAGCAAAAGUGGUAGAUGAGAGAUACCAUAUCCUCCCAUAGGAUGGGUGUGCCAUAGCUACCCCCCCCACAAAUUCUUCCAGUGACUGAACCCCUACUUGAACUCUGGUCAUCUGGGUUGUGUGCAGAUCUUUUGGACCAUUUCCUGUGCUAGCUGUAAUCACUGACUACAUCAUCCAUUUUUAUAAAAAGUGAGUUUCUUAUCUGCAGUAAUACUCACUCACUCACUCACUCACUCACUCACUCACAGGUGUUGAGUCGUGUCUUUCAUGUCUGAGAUGCUUCCACAAAUGUGAUAGAAAUGUCUUAUUAACAGAUGUGCAAGAGUAGUUUCUAUGCUUUUUGACCUGCAAAACUUGGUUUAUAGCAAUAGUGAGAGGAAAAGCUACUAGUUCUGCAAACAAGUUGUUGUGUAGACAUUUCCUGAGCAAAAACAAAAUCUGAAAUGUAAUGAGCAAUAGAUCCAAUGAGAAAACAGUCUUAAAGAAAAUAAUGUGCAAAUUUAUACAAUCUUUACACAACAAACCCUGAAGUGGAUGAACAGCACAGACAUGCCACAGAAAAUUGAAUCAGCUAAGUCAUGUUUUUCUAUGUAACAAUUUUGGAACAAUUUUUUGCAUAGAAGAAAUACAUUUCAGAAUGACAGAAAGUUGUAGUUGUACUUUGUGUGUAGUGGGUAGUGGUCUUUAAUGCAUCUGCAGAGACCUGAUCCUUCCUUCAGUAACAUGACAGCUGAUAAACAAACCUAGCUUUUAUACAUAGCAGGUGCCUCAGCACAGAAAAUAAAUCUGACGUAAUUUCAUCUUGUGUAAGCUUUAGGACUUCUCACACUGCUACUUGCUUAAUGACCCUGGGCUAGUGCUGACUUCAGGCUGAAAUAACCACAAGUAAGUGUUUCAGUAUUCAGGUAUUUACUAGUCUGCCAGACCGUCCUCUCUAAGCUCUAGGCUCCAUGACUGGCAUUAUAGUAUCAUCAAACUUGUCUUUACACUUCAUACUGCAUUUGCCCCCCCAACCCCCCCCCCCCCCCCACACACA